GUACGCGUCUGUUGCCGUAGUGAUCACACCCUCCCAGACCCCUUCCUCCAACCACACAGCUAGGGCUGUCCCCGUAUCCGUCAUCGAACAACACCCAUCGCAGUCCCAUGAACAGGCUCAGGGACAAGGUCCGAUUGCCGGCGUGCAGAACGCCCCCAGUAUGCAACACGACGUUGUCGUGGGAAAGAACGCUCAGGCCAAGUCCAGCCAGAGUCAAAACGAGCCGACUGCAGCCAGUCCUACUCAAGGCAAGGCCAAGAGGUAUGAUGAUGGUCAGUACCACCCAAACACCUCGUACGACGACGGCCAGUACCACCCCAAUCCCACGUAUAACAAUGGGUUGUACACUCCCAGCUCCACGGAUACGUCCAGCCCUACUCCUACUCCCAGCCCGACGUACUGACGAUGGCCAGUACCACCCCCCUGCGAAUGAUGCUGCUGGGCUCCCCACUCUCCCUGUUAACACAGCCCAAGUCACGUCUGUGGCUGGUCCCGUAGUCAAUCUGUUAGCCUUACCGGGCACCACAACAGGGACCACGACCUCCCAAACGGACUCCACUGCCACCGCGACCAUGAGUUCAUCAGCUGCGGGGACGACAGCCACCUCUGCAACGGAGACGACCACUUCCACUUCCACCACAGCUGUCGCCCCCGCCGAGACUGCAAUGCACGCUGUAGCCAUCCCAGCGGGUGGCAAACGCUCGGACGACGGCCAGUACCAUCCCGAUUCCAAGUUCGACGACGGCCAGUACCACCCUGAUUCCAAGUUUGACGACGGCCAGUACCACCCUGAUUCCAAGUUUGACAACGGCCAGUACCAUUCUGAUUCCAAGUUCGACGACGGCCAGUACCACCCUGAUUCCAAGUUUGACGACGGCCAGUACUAUUCUGAUUCCAAGUUCGACGACGGUCAGCACCACCCUGAUUCUAAGUUCGACGACGGCAAGUACCACGUCAAAACCACCAGAGGCAAACGUUCGAACGACGGCAAGUACCACCCUGAUCCCAAGUUCAACGACGGUCAGUACCAUCCCGAUCCCAAGAUCGACGAUGGCAAAUACCACCCAGGGAAGCAUAAUGUCAGGAGGGGAUUGGCGCAUCAGGGCAAGGUGCGCGCUGCCAGGAGAGCUCUGCAGUACUAGGCAUUGGGAAGUUGUGGGCGCUACUCAUUGGACUUUGAUGCAAAUGUCACACUCUUUCGUUCUCUUUCA